AUGACGUCGGCGAUUCUGACGGCGGUGGACGACAAGCAAGUGCGCGCGGCUGCGUUGGUGGCCAUUAUCGACCAAAGUCAAGCGUAUCUCGGGUCGUUCUUCGACGACGGCUACGGCGCCGAAGGUGUGGGGUACUACAACUACGGCUUCGAAGAGUUCGCCGAGCUUCGGGAAAAAGUAUGCGACGCGACGCAAGGCACGGUAGAUUUGUUUGACAACGCGAAUGUGGGGACGAUCGCGCACUUGUCGCAGCUGUUGGUUAUGCGCAAUCAAAACGUUGCGAGCUUUGGUGAUGCCCACGCUGGCUUGCGCUUUUCGCACCCGUUGACCCAGUACUCGCUCUACGCCUACGGCGACACCAAGAUGGUGGCUGCCCCCAACACCCGGUCCGUGCCUGGGAAACUCAUGAGCCUCCUCCUGCCCGUGACCAUGAAACGGUCGUGCCCGGAGCUGUACUUUGACAGCCGCGGCAGUGUGCAGUUGCGCCACGUAUUUGAGCAGUCGAAAAUCGCCGUGUUUCGAGGCACUGACGCGUCGCUGUUUGACAUGACGUUCAAGGUGGCCGGCAACGGAGGGCACAGUCACAACGACAUGGGGUCGUACAGCAUUGCGUUUUAA